GGGGGCGUACCGUUUCCGGUGUCAUGGCGGCCUGAGGUCCGGGCAGUCGGUGAGGCGGCUGCAGGCCCCUCGCUGCGGAGCCGCUGGUCCGGCGGGCGGGGAUGUGACCGCGGGCCCUGCCGGCCUGUCCCGGGCGUCGCGUCAGGUCCUGUGCCAGUGCCCUCAGUCCACAGCGAUGGCGGGAUCCGGCUGCGCGUGGGGCGCGGAACCACCGCGGUUUCUGGAAGCCUUCGGGCGGCUGUGGCAGGUACAGAGCCGCCUGGGGAGCGGCUCCUCGGCCUCGGUGUACCGGGUGCGCUGCUGCGGCACACCCGGCUCGCCCCCCGGCGCCCUCAAGCAGUUCUUACCGCCGGGGACCACCGGGGCUGCUGCCUCGGCCGCCGAGUAUGGUUUCCGCAAAGAGAGGGCGGCGCUGGAGCAGUUGCAGGGUCACAGGAACAUCGUGACUUUAUAUGGAGUCUUUACAAUCCACUUCUCUCCGAAUGUGCCAUCACGCUGUCUGUUGCUUGAACUCCUGGAUGUCAGUGUUUCGGAAUUGCUUUUAUAUUCCAGUCACCAGGGUUGUUCCAUGUGGAUGAUACAGCAUUGCGCCAGAGAUGUUCUGGAGGCCCUUGCUUUUCUUCAUCAUGAGGGUUAUGUCCAUGCAGACCUCAAACCACGUAACAUAUUGUGGAGUGCAGAGAAUGAAUGUUUUAAACUCAUUGACUUUGGACUUAGCUUCAAAGAAGGCAAUCAGGAUGUAAAGUAUAUUCAAACAGACGGGUAUCGGGCCCCAGAAGCAGAACUGCAGAAUUGCUUGGCCCAGGCUGGCCUGCAGAGUGAUACAGAAUGUACCUCAGCUGUUGAUCUGUGGAGCCUAGGAAUCAUUUUACUGGAAAUGUUCUCAGGAAUGAAACUGAAACAUACAGUCAGAUCUCAGGAAUGGAAGGCAAACAGUUCUGCUAUUAUUGAUCACAUAUUUGCCAGUAAAGCAGUGGUGAAUGCCGCAAUUCCAGCCUAUCACCUAAGAGACCUUAUCAAAAGCAUGCUUCAUGAUGAUCCAAGCAGAAGAAUUCCUGCUGAAAUGGCAUUGUGCAGCCCGUUCUUUAGCAUUCCUUUUGCCCCUCAUAUUGAAGAUCUGGUGAUGCUUCCAACUCCAGUGCUAAGACUGCUGAAUGUUCUGGAUGAUGAUUAUCUUGAGAAUGAAGAGGAAUAUGAAGAUGUUGUAGAAGAUGUAAAAGAGGAGUGUCAAAAAUAUGGACCAGUGGUGUCUCUGCUUGUUCCAAAGGAAAAUCCUGGCAGAGGACAAGUCUUUGUUGAGUAUGCAAAUGCUGGUGAUUCCAAAGCUGCUCAGAAAUUACUGACUGGAAGGAUGUUUGAUGGGAAGUUUGUUGUGGCUACAUUCUACCCGCUGAGUGCCUACAAGAGGGGAUAUCUGUAUCAAACUUUGCUUUAAUCAAUAACCUGAGGACUAUUUCCUGUUUCUCCUCUUCCAUUUCCUGGGUUAUCGUAUUCUACAUCUGAAUGCAGAAGUACCCCCUAACCAUUUUAAGGGAAUACUUUGUACAUUUAUUUAAUCCUACUAAUGUGCAGCCAUUGCUCAAGCAAUGACUGCACUGCAGACAUUUGGCACUGAGUAGGACAAGACCUCUCAGCUAUAUAUUGAGGGGUUUUAGAGCAUCCAUGUGGGCAAAUUUUUGUGCAGUAGGGCAAGUGCUGCUCUUCAGUAUGUAACCUAAAAAGAUACUAACUAUUUCAUGUGAUCAUGAAGCAAGGAUGAAUAAUAUAUCAUAGUCAAUAUUAUUAACAAAUUUGUUAGAGUUGGUGACAUCAUUUACAGAUUAUUCCUUUAUAUCGUCAGGUGGUUCUUCCUUAUUGUUAAUAUCCAUAGCUGGCACUGGAUGCUCUCAGUAAUGUUAUGUAAUUGUCAAGCAGCAAUUACCUACUGUGUUCUUAACACUGAGUUAUGAAUUUUUUUAAAGGAGUACUGUAGUACUGAAUAUUCCUUUAAAGAAACUGCAGUGAGCCUCUCUACUUUUUUUUAAUUAAGGCUUUUAAAAUAGAAAGCUGAUGCUUGAUCUUGCACAAUUUUUAUGUCUCGUAUGUAUGUUCGAGUGAGUGUGCAGGUGUGAAAGAUGAGAGAAAAUUUGAGUCAGUGUACUUUAUAGUGUGAAUCUUGUGAGCUAAUACAGUCUAUACCCAUCUCUUCCCUACUUGUUUCAUAUCUAAGAUUUAGAGUAUAAGUUUUUUGAGAGUUGGUUUGUCUGAUAGAAUGUAAAUGAGAAAAUAGUUCAUUCCUGAGAGGCUCAGAACAGAUGAGUCUAGAUUGGGUUACAUUGAAACUCUCUUAAACGGACUGGAUGAAAGAAAAAGUUUUGCUACAUGUAAAUUGCCCAUCCUUCAGUCUACUUUAGACUCUAUUAGCUCAUCUUUUUUGUACUGAAUCUCCUAUGAUCAUUGUAAGAUUUCUCAAGAUGUAGUUCUGCCUACUAUGAUGGAAAAUUGAAGUGGGUCAAAAAGAAAGAAUUAGAUGUUCAGUGAAGG